GGCAAUCAAAGAAAACAAUGAUACCUCCUAGAGUCCUAGAUCUAAAUCUCCAAUACAUUGUGACGUAUGUUUUUUGGUCGGAAGCCAUUAAUGGCGCUCACCAAACUCUGCUAGUAGAGUGGAAUGAAUGAGACUUGAGACCAAAAUUGAGUGUGAAAAAAAUGGGUUUUAGUAUGGGUGUAAACAUGCUACUGUUGAUGGCUAUGGUGGCCACCAAUAUCCUCUCCCUCUAUCACCUCACAACCCACGUCCAUUCCACUCCCUCUCCCCCUCCCCCUCUCCCUCAUCACCUCAUCCAACACCUCCACACCAUACGCGCCGCCAUCAACCGCCUCACGCGUCUCAACCCGCCGUCGUCCCCCGCCGCCCCGUCUGACCUCCUUUUAUUCGCCCGCAUCUUCCCCGUUGCGACUUCUUGUAAAGACCACCCGGAGUUACUGCAUAAGUACAUGAAUUACACUCCCUUUGCUCUCUGCCCGCCGGAUUCCUCCCUCGCCGAGUCUCUCAUCCUCCGCGGCUGCCACCCUCUCCCGCGGCGGCGCUGCUUCUCCCGAACCUCCCCCGCCGCUGCAACUUCCCUCCCUAACAACCCUUUUUCCCCCAUCCCGGAAAACGCGGUUAUUUGGGGGGAUUAUAACUGUUCUUCUUUCAAUUGCUUCAAAGGGUUUGACAUGAAGGUUGAGAAAUCAAGAUUCUUGGCCUCAAAAUCUGAUCUUGAUCUCUCAAUCCCGCAAAUUUUACAGAUUGGGAAAUCCGGCAAGAAUGUGAUUAGACUAGCAAUGGACAUAGGGGGUGGGUCUGGCACUUUUGCCGCCCAAAUGAAACUGCAAAAUGUGACGGUUAUAACCACCACCAUGAACCUCGGGGCGCCGCACAACGAGGCGGCGGCGCUGAGAGGGGUGGUGCCUCUCCACCUGCCAUUGCAGCAGAGGCUGCCGGUGUUUGAUGGGGUGGUGGAUCUUGUGAGGUGUGGGCAUGGUGUCAACAGGUGGGUCCCAGUGGUGGUGAUGGAGUUCUUGUUGUUUGACAUGGAUAGAGUGUUGAGGGGUGGUGGGUACUUGUGGUUGGACCAUUUCUUUAGUAAGAGAGGUGAUCUUGAGAGGGUGUAUCAGCCUAUGGUUUCUAAAUUGGGGUACAAGAAGGUGAAGUGGGUUGUGGCAAACAAGAAUGAUUCCAGUGGGGUGAAGAAUGGGGAAGUCUACCUCACUGCUCUUCUGCAGAAGCCAAUAUCAAGAUGAAGAUUUCACUUCAUGUUUUGCAGUUGAUAUUGCUGGAGUUUUUUGAGUGAUUGAGUGGCAUAAUGAAUGGCUAUCUCAUCAACAACCCUUUAUCCAAUCUGCAAAGCCAAGCCAUCUGGUUUCCACAUUUUUUAUUGGCAGAAAAGGUUUCCAGAUUGGGAGAUGAUGGGGGAGAAAGAAGCAAUUAUACCAAGAUCUCUCUGGGUUCGCGCCCUUUCGAGGAGGUAUUAGUAGGCAUGAGUUUGAAUAGGAGCUCUUCCAUUCGUGUCAAAUAUAUGUUAAAAAACAAAAACUAUGAGUGGUAGUGAAAGGUUUUGUAGAGUGAUGCAAGUAAAACAUAUACAUUUAACUUAAACUAGAGUAGUUGAAAAUUUUGAGAAAAUGUAAGAUUGAGCAAUAUAGAAUGGUUACAUCAGUGGAUAAGAACAUAAUCUGCAUCUUCUUCUCUGCUUCUUGCUCUUCAA